AUGUCAGUAACUUCGAGUACAUAUGAAGUUCCAAUAAACAUAUACGAAGAAAGAGUGAGUGACGAUACAGUUUGUGAUGUAUCAUCCAGAAAUUUAGAAUCUGUUCCGGAAAUCAACAAUAAAUCAUUACAAGUGCUGUAUUUAAAAGAUAAUAAAAUAAAAUGUUUACCUUUAGAUUUCUUUCCAUCACUACCUUGUCUUACUUAUCUUGAUCUUCGAGACAACGAGUUGAGGGACAUUCCGACGACCGUGCUAAAUCAUCAACAUCUUACUCAUUUACUUUUACAAAACAAUCGUUUAUCUAAUUUACCGAAUGAAUUAGGGACUGUCAAACUGCAAGUGUUGCAGCUCAGCGGGAACCCAUUAGUAUAUCCCUCGAAUGAUAUACUUAGAGGUGGCGUUAAAACAAUAAUAGACUUCCUUCAUGGAAAAUACGUCGAUUUUAUGCUCACUCAGUCCCAAUCGGAUGUAUCUGACGCAGCAAGCAUCAACAGUCACUAUCCAGAUCUGAGCCAAGGAGUCGUAAGUUACAACUCUGUUAUACACGGGGAUAAGUUGAGAAAGCCCCAUAAAGCCUUAUCUAUACAGUUCAGCGAAAAAGACGUAGACGACUCUGAUGAGGAAUACUACGCAAAAAUAAAGGGAAAGUGCCCUAAGCUGAAUAAAAGUAGGCAUCAGGUGCCUACCUAUUAUCAAAGUUCUAAAUAUGUGCCAGCGCGGAGUGCAUAUAGCGAAGCAUCUUUCAAUAGCAAGGUUAGGCAAAAUUAUCUAAAAGAAAUUGCAAUCAAGAAACAUAAGGAGUUCGUGGCGACGAGAGAUAAGAUUUUACAGAGUAGAAAAAAUCUAGAACUCUUGAAAAACUGGCGUAAAACCUAUUGUUAUAAAAAGCAGUUCGUUGACUCUGGUUACAAGAUGCAAUCGAAACAUUUCCCAUACGACACGGCACCGGAGUAUAUGACUUUACUUACAAGAGACGACAUCGAGAAAGACUUGCCUGAUAAAUAUAGGAAGAAUUUAGUCCGCCGCGCGAAACCUAGUGUCCCAAGAAAGAAUAACAACGACGUCCAUUUGGCGAUGAAAAUAAAGAAACUGUUCGAAAACUUAGAAGCUAUAGAUUUGAAUAAAACAGGUUUGACUCCUCGGACUGAGCAGAGAAUGUUGCUCGGUGAAAUCCAAAAGAUAUCAGAAAUAAAGCAGAAGCUUUCAGAGCUGACUCUGACAAACGGAAGAUCGGUUAUUUUAGAGUGA